GGAUGUUGUAACUAUGGAACUAUGCAUUAGUUACUAUGACUACCGGACAAAGUCGAGGCAGCUCAUCUGAUUCUUCGGUCGAUACAGCUAGCUAGCUAGCGUAGCCAUUAGGGAGCUAGCUAGCGGUGAGCUAUUGGUGAUAAAUGUCUACAGCGUGAGAAAGUGAGGGAGGAGGUUUCGAGGCUCCGUCUUUGUGGUUGAGUUGACUCUGUAGGGAAGAUGUGCAAUGGAAUGAUAGAGUCAAUAUCAAAAGCCUUUUGGGCCCACACCUCAGCCAAUAAACUGCCCUUGUUGUUGCUACUGAUACUGGCCUUGGUGUCUACUGGGCAGGGGUCAGGAUGUGUGAGGCCUUAUAUGGUCCAGAACAGCUGGGUAAACCUCACAGAAACCAACAGGGGCUUGUUUCCAGUGGGCACAGUACUGCAAUACAGCUGUGACCCUGGUUACCUGCCAGAUGGACCCAGCAUUCUCACCUGCACCACACUUGGGCGCUGGUCCUCUGAUCCUCCUCACUGCAUACGCAGCGGUGCUUGUCUUCCCCUAUCUAAACCCGAAAAUGGAGGCUACACCUGCCACCCAUCCCCCUGUCGAAUGUUUUCCCAUGGCACUGUGAUUGAGUUCUUCUGUGAUGAGGGCUUCGUUCUUAGUGGAGACUACAACUACCUGACCUGUCAGGAUGGACAGUGGGACGGCCCCAUGCAGAUCAGUUGUGUAAGCCAAGGCUGUAUAAGGCCCUCUACAGUGCAGCAUGGCUCAACCAAUUUGACAGACACCAACAGGAGCUUGUUCCCUCUGGGCACAGUCCUGCACUACAGCUGUGACCCUGGUUACCUGCCAGCUGGACGUAGCAUUCUUACCUGCACCACACUGGGAUACUGGUCCUCUGAACCUCCUCGCUGUAUACGCAGUGACGGUUGUGUGAGACCCUCUACAGUGCAGCAUGGCUCAACUAAUCUGACAGAAACCAACAGGAGCUCAUUCCCUGUGGGCACAGUACUGGAGUACCACUGUGACCCUGGUUACCUCCCAGAUGGACCUAACAUCCUCACCUGCUCCGCACUUGGACACUGGUCCUCUGAACCUCCUCGCUGUAUACGCAGUGACGUAUGCCAGCCUCCAUAUCAGCCCGAGAACGGGGGCUACACCUGCCACCCUUCCACAUGUGGAAGACUUUCUCAUGGCACUGUGAUUGAAUAUUUCUGUGAUGAAGGCUAUAUUCUGAAGGGAGAUUAUAAAUACCUUACCUGUCAGUAUGGGGAAUGGGACAGCCAAGUGAAGCUCAGCUGCCUCAUGGAGCAAGACAACAAUCCAACUUUACCAUUGGGGAUGCCUGCCUUGUCCAUUGUGGCCUCCACAGCCAGCUCAGUGGCUCUAAUCCUGUUUCUGGUGGUACUGUUUGUACUUCUUCAGCCAAAACUCAAGUCCCUCCAUCGGCGUGAUCAGGGUGUGUCCGGUCAGCCAGUGUCAAUCAUGGUGGAAGGAGUUCAGGUGACUUUGCCCUCGUAUGAGGAGGCUGUGAGCGGCAGUGGAGCCUCAGCCGAGUCUCGAGUGCAGAUAGUGCUGUCCGAGGGUCAGCAUGCCACAGCGCCAGAGGCUGGCCCCUCUAGGCCCUCUUCUCACAAACAGCAGCAGUCAGAGAUGGCUGUGGUCCACCCUGUACCACUGUCCUCAUCCUCCUCAUCACCCUCACCCUCAUCCUCUACCUGGGUUCUAGAGCAUGCAGGUGCUGCAGCUCCUUCAUCCUCACAAAGAAGGCCGUCUGCAGGCAGCGACCAACACAGCCUAUCCCUGGACUCUGAGAUGGAGUAUUCUGAUGAUAUGCCUUUGCUGAAGGAGGCUUGAAAAAUGCAGCAGCCUUUGGACUUGCCUGAGACAGCCAGCAUUGCUACUGACCUGUGCUGGUGAGCGGGGUGCCUCUUGAUCAUUUGUCAACACAGCUGUCAACACAGACAAGCAUAACUAAAGAGGCUCUGGGUGAAUCUGUGGAGCACUCAGAAUAAUUCCUCUGACCAUCCCAAAGGAGAACAGAGAAGGGAUGCACAUGUACAUACAUGCUUACAUUUUUUUAUAUGAAUUCCUACACCAUGUAUGUACACCCGGUAUCUGAAGCUCUGUUUGAAAAUGUAGAACAAAAACAGAAAGGAAUAGGGGCACAUCUGCGGGAGUGUGCCUUAAAGGCUGUCAAACUUAAAAAAAAAAAAAAAGAAAGAAAAGAAAGAAA